GGCUGCAAAAUUUAGGCCUAUUCUCAGUGCUUUAUACAGCCUUUGAGCAGGGAGGGGUCUUUAUCGUGUCACACCUGCUGUGACGUGGGACCUCGGGUUUUACGGUCUCCUCCGAAGGACCACCCAAUUUAGUUGCCUCUUAUGACAAGCAAGGGGUACUGAGGACCUAUCCUAUCCCGGAUCCCCACAGGAAUUCCAGUGAAAUUGAAUCGUGUAAAAUAGGCCAGUACAUUAGUGUGCCAAAAGUUAAUAUUCAGUCACAAAUCCAACUGAUUAAGCUCAUUUGAGUUUUAGGCUCAAGUGAGCUUUUCUGAUCAAAAUUUGUCCGUUGUCUGUCGGCGGUGUCGUUGGCGUCGUUGUAAACUUUUCACAUUUUCAUCUUCUUCUCAAGAACCACUGGGCCAAUUAUAACCAAACUUGGCCAAAAGCAUCCUUGGGUGAAGGGUUUUCAAGUUUGUUCAAAAUGAAGGGCCAUGCCCCCUUCGCAGGGGAGAUAAUCACAAAAAUGCAAAAAUAGGGUGGGGUCAUUUAAAAAUCUUCUUCUCAAGAACCACUGGGCCAGAGGAGCUGAAAUUUUCAUGAAAACUUCCUGACAUAAUGCAGAUUCAAGUUUGUUCAAAUCAUGGUCCCUGGGGGUAGAUUGGGGCCACAAUAGGGGAUCAAAGUUUUACAUAGAAAUAUAUAAGGAAAAUCUUUAAAAAUCAUUUUCUCAAGAACCAAUGAGCCAGAAGAGUUGAGAUCUACAUGAAAGCUUCCUGACAUGCAAAUUCAAGUUUGUUCAAAUCAUGCCCCCCGGGGGUAGCACUAGGUUGGGGCCACAAUAGGGGAUCAAAGUUUUACAUGGGAAAUUGGGAAUAAAUAGAAAAAAUCUUUAAAAAUCAUCCUCUCAAGAACCAAUGGACCAAAGGAGCUAAGAUUUACAUGAAAGCUUCCUGACAUAAUGCAGAUUCAAGUUUGUAAAAAUCAUGGCCUCCAGGGUUAGGUUGGGGCCACAAUACGGACUAAGGUUUUACAUGCAAAUAUAUAUGGAAAGUCUUUAGAUAUGGGCCAAGGUAACUCAGGUGAGCGAUGUGACCCUUGGGACUCUUGUUUGAGUAUAAAGAUAAUUAUGUAAUACAAUGAUACAAUAUAUAUAUAUGUAUGUUAAUUGUUCCUUGGUACUGCAUAUAUUUAUGGCCAUGAUGUUGCACUUUAAUUCAAAGUAUCUGAAAUGAUUUACCCAAUGUUAAGUUAUACAGAGUCAUUGAUUUGUCUUUGUAACCAAACAAUUUAGUUCCAAAGCAAUGAUUGAUUGUGAUUUAAAUAUCACUACCUUGGGACUAGGAUAUAGAAGAGCCGUGUUCUACUGAGCUUGAUUUGGUGCCAAUCCAUGUUAAAUGCAUACUGUACUGUAGCCAUUACACAUUUUCGACAAAUGAAUUUAAAUCUAAUUGUAUAUUUAACAGAAUCAAGUUGGCGUAGUAUACUCUCUACAAAUGUAAUGUCAAUAAAUCACACAAAAAUAUUAUCAUUGAUCACAAGUUUUCAAUUUCGAAUAUUGAAGAAAUAUAGAGCAAAACAAAUUAAACUGGCAGCCAGAUUAUUUACCUUUGGCAUGGAUUCAAUUCAUAAAAUAUGUUGUCAUUGUCAGCUAGAUAUUGGAACUCAAAGCAGGAAAGGACAAUAGGAAUAUUCAGAUGACUUCUUUGUGGACAAACUUGGACACUUAAAAAACCAGAGCAAUUAUUCUUGAAACUUCAUAGGAAUGUUUUCAUAAUGAAUGUGAUGGAAUUCACUUGAACGUGUUUACAAGAUUAACAUCGCCUAGUGUCCAUUUUUUUACGCAGCUGUUAAUAAAUAUAUGAAUUAUGGAAGUGCGUAUUGAAAAUUGAUUUUUUUUCUCCUUGGAGUUCUUGUCAGAUAAAUGUGAAAUCAACAUAUAUACACAUACUGGUGUUGUGUUGAAGAACAAUUGAGUGUUUUGGUGAUUGAAUACAUUUAAACUUGAUGUUCUUGUUGAGAGGAGGACAACUUGUGUUUUACUUGGCAUUUUAAGAGUUUUCCACACAAGGAUUGGUGAUUUAUGUUAAUAGGAAAAUGUUAUCACAGGUUAGAAGAGGAAGCUGAUAACUAUGUCCGACCCAGAGGCCCGACCCCAUGACGAGGACCAAUCAGAACACAGCGAUGAGGAGGAGGCGGCACAGAGUAGUGAGAGUUCCGAGUGUGAGAGUGAGGGGGAGGACUCGGGGUACGAGGCCAAUGGGGGUGAGGGACUGCUGAGUCUGAUGGAUGGAGACUCCAUCCUUAUUCAGCAGCCACCCAUCGGGGAGGAUGAAGAUGAACCAGAGGAUGAUGCUAAAGCCUCCCAAGUGUCCAGUGUUACAUAUGAUACAGGGAUCAGCACACAGGCUGAUGAUGAAACGGAGUAUGAGGGAGAAGGACAGACCCCAAAUGAUCAGGGCCCCAGAGACAUCGAGAAAAAACAAGAACAGGACAAAAAGAUCAUCAAGAAAAAGAAGAAGAAGAAAAAAAUAUACUACAUUUGUUUGACAAACUGCAAAUAUGAUGUUGUGCGUCGGAUUUCUCGUAAGUUUGGUUUCAAGGAGGUGUCGGAUGAUGAGGACUGGACCCUGUACUGGACGGACUAUUCGGUGGCCUUGGAGCGGGUCAUGGAGAUGAAGAAAUACCAGAAAAUAAAUCACUUCCCAGGAAUGAGUGAAAUUUGUCGCAAAGAUCUGCUGGCUCGAAACUUGAAUCGAAUGAACAAGAUGUUUCCUAAGGAGUACAAUAUUUUCCCUAAAACUUGGUGCCUUCCUGCAGAUUACGGUGAUUUUCUAGCCUAUACGCGGCAAAAGAAGAAUAAAACCUACAUUCUGAAACCGGAGACUGGGUGUCAAGGGAGAGGAAUCUGGGUCACACGGAAUCCCAAAGAAAUAAAACCCCAUGAACACAUGAUUUGUCAGCAGUACAUGUCAAAGCCAUUCCUGAUUGAUGGAUUUAAGUUUGAUCUGAGAAUCUACACCUUAGUGACAUCGUGUGAUCCUUUGAGGAUAUUUCUGUUCAAAGAUGGAUUGGCUCGGUUUGCAACCAAUAAAUACAUUGAACCCACAAAUAACAAUGUGGACAAUGUAUUUAUGCAUUUAACAAAUUAUGCAAUAAACAAACACAGCGAAGACUUUAUUCGUGAUGAUGAGGCCGGGAGUAAAAGGAGAAUUAGCACAAUAAACAGAUACCUCAGGGACAAAGGUUAUGAUGUGGACAAAAUGUGGGCAGACAUUGAUGAUGUAAUCACUAAGACAUUGAUUUCGGCUCAUUCAAUCCUAAAACACAACUACCGCACUUGUUUUCCUAAUCAUGUCAAAGGCAGUGCAUGUUUUGAGAUCUUGGGAUUUGAUGUUCUCCUAGAUCGCAAACUCAGGCCUCAAGUAUUAGAGGUGAAUCACUCCCCCAGUUUUAACACAGACUCUGAGCUGGACAGAGAAAUUAAAGGUGCUCUAGUGUGGGACUCUCUUAACUUAGUCAAUUUUGGUGCUUGUGACAGAAGAAAGUGCAUAGAGGAGGAGAAGAGGAGGAUAAAGGAUAGGCUGCUGGGAAGGGGGGUCAAAAAGGAGACCAGGGAGGAGUUAGAAAUUGCUCAAGCCCAGUACUUGGAGGUAUUGGAAAGGUAUGAGAACAAUCACUUAGGGAACUUCAGACGAAUAUACCCAAACCCUGGCUACGAAAAGUAUGAGAAAUUCUUCCACAGCAGUGGCAGUCUAUUCCAGGAAACUGCAGCAUUCAAAGCCAGGAGUGAGAUGGCGAGACAACAAAGAGAUGAAAUAGCACGAAAGAAAGAGAAACUGGAAUCUAUGCUGAAAGGAAAAAGGAAUUCAUCAACCGGACUGCGACCAGAGAGUCCUAAUAGCAGACGGCGGAGAUCAGUCAAGCGUGCCAUUGCGCCCUCAACACGUAGAUUGACAAAUGCUCGAGGAAACAUGGAGGUGUAUCUAAAUUUUCCACUGCUUUCUCGCGAACAGAUUUUGGGCAGUGAGUCCAGCAGUCAGCUGUGUGAUGACCCAAUUGACACAGCCAAACCCAUGGACAUUUUAGAGGAGGAGGAACUGGAACGAAUCUCAGGGCUCCUGCAGCGCGACAACCUGGUCCGAGGGCUGGGAAUCGUGGAGCAUGUGUACCGCCUCCUACACUGCACCCCCGGGACCAUGGGGGUGCUAAAGACCGACGCUCGUUCACUACCCCCACCACUGGUACACAUACAAACCAAUUCCAUUGUGACUAGGCCCGGCUCCCAGGCUAUGUUGCCAAUGAAUCGUCCCAGCACUGAGAUACACUUGACCAGAAACUUGUUUUCGGAUCACCAGAGAUGGCUGUGUUCUAAACGUCCAACUGAGUCCUGCCUCGCCGGAAGGCCCGCCCCCAUUAGAAUUAAGGACAGACAGUAUUACAAAAAACUUUUGGAUAGAUAUUUCGGACAUAAUCAUGCCUUGGCCAAUGACAACUAUGGUAAACCAGACAAAAAAAAUUCUAGGCAAAUGGCACAGACUCAUUCGAGAUGUGCCAACGGGUAUCAAGGUGGCAUGUUCUGCCCCACCCGAGAUGAUCGCCAGUUCCCUCAUGUUAGAUUGUCUUAUAGUACAAGUGAUAGAAAGGUGGUGCUAACCCACCAGGCGGGCCCGCCCGAUGACUCUGAGGCAGAGGAGCUGUUUGACCUGGAGAGUGGUCGCAACUACGAGCUAACACAUCGAAGUCUUCGUUUCCUUAACCCCUGCUACCACAGCACCCCUUCUCUGCACGCCACUCUUAGUCAAACCACCGCACUGCAACCUAUAACACACCUCACUGCUUCCACCUCCAAACUCCCCCUCCCAAUUAACAGGGAACUAGCCCCUCCCAAUCCUCUGGCCAACCCCCCAAUGAAACACAGCCUCAGUUAUACUCAUCUUGAACCUUUCUCUCAAACGUCUGCACCUUUGUACACUCAGCCAAGCUAUGGAUCUGGGCGUAGCACCACAACCUGGCAGACCAAGUCUGGCAGCCUUGGAAGCCUCAAUGAGAAGACGGUGCCAUCUUACCAGGCAGCGGGUGUUCACAGGCUUCAGAUCUGGCGUCUUGCAACCCCAAGAUGGAAAAAGAGGAGCAAAUUUGUGAGAAAGCCAUUAGGUGGAACAAACCGUACAACAUCCACAACAAUCAUACAGGACUCUGAAUUCCGCAGCAACAUGGCGCACUUAAUGGACACGGAGGCAGAGCGUAAUCGUCUGUUGGCACGGAAUGGGUAUGGCUCGGACUGGCGUUCUGAUGCCACGACUCCCAGCAGUCUACAGAAACGCACACUAAGUGCACAUGGGCAACGAAAAGAAGGUUGGCGAUCCUCACAGCCAACAAACCAAACAUUGUGGCAGUAUCAUUUAGAUCACAUUGAAACCGACUCAAAUAGUGCCAAAACAUGCGUCGAGCUCCCUCCGUCAGUAAACUUGCCACGCGUCACAUCCAAUAACGGUCCGCCGGGUCUAUCAGUGGUGUCGGCCCCUGCCCCGGUAAUGCAACGACCUGAGCUGGGCCGGCCCGAUGCCAAAUCAUCAGGGACAUCAUCUGCUUUGAGCAGAGGAGCAUCUCAACAGUCCAUGCCUGUAGAACCACAGCCGGGAACCAGCACACGGUCCACCAAAUCACAGAGGAUCCGAGGGGCAUCCAACAGCCUCCGACUGAGGCAGCUAGAAAUGAGAGAGAAUCAUGCCAUUGUGUUUAGCUGAGACUGUUACAAUGCUGUACCAGUGGUGACUAGUUAGCAUGUGUGAUCACAUGCUGUUUGUGUUGGACAACCGGAUCUCUAGAAUCUGAGACAUGGAUUGUUAAGACUACUAGGGACAGAUUGCUUUUGCAAUUGCCAACUGUGAUAAUCUCAUUCCUUCAUCGUUUUUAAUCACUUAUAAGAUAUUAAAGUUCAUUUCAUUACAGGAUCGGGUCAUGUAUUAAACUAUCCGAGAUUCUUAGACUUUUUUGUUCAGAAGUUUUGCCUACAUUAAGCACAUAAGAAUUUUUAUUUAUGUGUGAAUGUGACAAUGUGACAUUUGUUAAAGCGACACUUUUCUGAUUGCACAUACAUUCCCUGAUAAAUGCGUUGUGAUGCGUGAGACUGUGAUAUAUUGAAAACGUCCCUGUUGCUGACGUGACUGAGAAAUGUGUCGGUUUUUACAAAGAAAUAAGUGCAGAUUUUGUAUUUUAUUUACAGUAUUUAUAAACUGUUAUUUAAGUCUGCCAAUAGUUCUAUAUUUCUAUGUAUGUGUGCCAAACUUGUACAAAGUAAAUGUUGUGAUAGUCCAGUUUUCUGUGGUAUAUUGGUAAACUACUUCUCUGGUAUUAGUACUAAGUAUGUUGUAAUUGAGAGCAUGUGAAUGAUUCCCCAGAAAACCUGUUGGUAUAUAUGACAAUUGUCCCUCUUAGGGGAGACAACUUUUAUUUUUCAUGGUAGACAUUGAGGGGUAGGACUCGUAUUGUGGUACUGUAACACAGCUGUUUUGCCUUCUAUUCAGCUUAAGCCUUGCAGAUUUUACUGAACCUAACUCAUCUUGCCAAACUGAUCAAAAGUAUUAUGUUGAUGGUAUGUAGUUUGUCAUGACUUUGUAUAGGUUUGUAGUGAUAUCCAGAUCAUCUGAAUAUUCAAGAUUAUCCCCCUUUAGUAGCAUAAUGAUGUAAUAAGGUGAGAAAAAUAUUCCAGGGUCUUGCAGAAAUCAAUAGCAGACUGACUUAUCCGUCCACAAUUUCUUCAGAUUUAAUCCAUUUAUUAUUGAGAAGAAUGUGUCUUUUAAACUAAUACUGUGUAUCUUGAAGAUAAUUGAAUUAAUAAACGAACUCAUUGAU